AUGUCGACAGUACCAAUUGCACGCCGGCGUAUUAUGGGUGAACGUUUUCACCCAACUGACGGAGAGAUGAUCAACUUUCUGAAAAGAUUCCUAAAGGGCGAGACUUUGCCGAGUGAAUACGCUUUCCAACAUGCAGAUAUAUAUGGAGAUCGACCACCAUGGGAGAUAUUUGGAGCUGAUUCUAAUUCUGAAGAGAAAGUUCGCUAUUUUUUUACUCGGUUGAAGAAGCAGAAGAGCGAGCAUACAAGGGUUCGUCGAACUUGCGCCAACGGGACAUGGAAAGCCCAAACAGGUAUUGUUCCUAUCAAGAAUGGUAAGGGAACUGUGGUUGGGUUUAGAAGAAAUUUCAAGUUUCAUUGUAGUAGUAAAGAACGAGAACAUAACAAAAUUUGGCUGAUGAAGGAGUAUUACGUCGGGGAUGAUUUCUUUAGAGGAAACAAUAUUCCUAAGGAGGAUAUUGUUGUGUGCCGAAUCAAGAAGAAUAUAAGAGAGAAAAAAGUGAAGGAUGAUGCAGUUUCUAUGGAUGAACAAGAGCUCGCUCAAAUAAUUGAAGCUAUGUUCCAUGAACUAGAUGAAUAUAACAGCCCAACGCAAUCGGCGACAGUUUGUCAAGGGAACGAGACUCACAAUGAGUUCAUUGAUAAUACAAUGUUGCAUGCAAAAUAUGCGCCCGAUGAUUAUUUGAGUGGACUGAAUUACCAAAAUAGCCAAUUGUUGAUUAAUAGUGAUGAAGGAAAUGAAGUUACCAUAUUGGGGAACCAAAAUAAUAUGAUGGCCAUGCUUACAGAGGAUGCAAUUACAAAUUUGACUACCUCGGAACAAGAAGCAUAUGACCAACUUUUGACGGCUGAGAUUGAGCAAGGCCACGGAGCUGAUCAUCAGACAAAUAAUAGCGAAUUUUGGGAAGCGAUGAAUGGAAUAUUGAAAGGUGUUAAUAUUGAUGUUCCUGAUGAUUGGUUGCAUGAUCUGUGA